UUUUGGCCGUGAUUGAUAUUAUAUAUACAGUUAUAUUAUAUUAUAUACUAUUAUAUAUAGAGCUCCGAGAGUCGCAAACGGCAACAAUCACUUUCUCCUCCAUGCUGCAGUACACCCCGGACUGUACUGCGCUUAGUUUGACGGUUGAACGCUGAUUGGCUGUUACGUUACACAUGUCACUCAGUGGCCACGCUGUUGAACGCUGAUUGGCUGUCAUCACGCGAAAUUCGUGUCAAAGUUGAAAUUUUUCGCGCCACAAAUCCUCGUGAACGCGCUUGCCUGUGCACGGCGAAAGUGUGGCGCGACAAAUCAAAAAUAUUCGCCCGAUACGCGUCUAUACGUUCACUUUGUAUGGGAUCUUGUCGUCCCGUUGCAUUUUGGGGUGAACGCACUGGAGAAGUUUCAAGACAGACAGCCAAAAUUGACAUUUUUAUUCAGAAAAUAGCCGGUCCUUUUGCUUCCUAUAAAAAGCAUGUUUGUGACACUGGAUAUCGAUAUGGAUACGUCAUCUAGCCUGCAUGUGGAGGGCCACAUAAGGUAAGAAAUUGGUUUACGUAAACUUUGCUGCUGGUUCUGUUUGCUCGUGAAUCGUGAUGACCUGGCCAAAGGUUACCAACGGUCCCAAGCGAUUUUGAUCUGAUUCUGGUUGGUGCGUUGUAUAUAUAGAUUGCAGCUAGUAGCAGCUACACACGGUGCGAUUGCUAUGCCAAUGUGGUUAUAGUUGGUUUUGUCUGAUUGAGAUAUGUGACGACUUGGAGCCUGGUAGGCCUAUCCUGACAUAAAUAUGUUCUCGCAUAACCUGUGUGAUUAUCCUAAACUGAAGGGGAUUUUAUUUGCGGACAAUUUUCUUAUGAUGUUGUAACGAGUGAAGUCUACAUUGGUCCUUCGCAAGUGUUUACUGGUGGUCAGGAUUUGGCAGAUGCAAUUCUCCUCUGGGUGCUUGUAUUUUUAUUUUUUUAAUGCAGCAUAACAUAUGCUACCAGCAGCCCUUGCGCGUCUUCAAAAGGCUGAUGCUCAGUACCUCGUUUCAUUUCGUACCCCCUUUACAGUCUGGCAUUGUUUGUCUGGUAAACUCUGUCGAUGUCAAGAUAAGUGUUAAAUUGCCAACACUGUUCUUUGUCCUGUGUGUAUUAGUAUUAGGCCUACAUAUCCCGAGCCAAUACCCUGGUGUUUCCAACGCUGUUUUGCAAAACAAGCCAAAACACAAACUGUGGUUUUCAACUUUUAUUGUUCGAAUAGGAUCUUCAUAGGGCUGGCCCGAAUGCCAUUUUUCAGGCUUCGAAUACUCGUUGGUUUUUCCGAGCGAAUAUUCGAAUACUCGUUCCAGAAAAAAACACCAUCAAAAACAACAUUAAUAAUCCUUAUAUACUCCCUGGAACCGAUUUUGACAGUAUCUGCAUAUUUUGUUUAAUAGCUUUUUGAACGUUAAUUAGUAGGCCUAAGUAGGUUGAAGUUCCUUAGUUUUCCCCCGUGAAAGCGAACAACUGUUGCUCCGUUCCAAAUCAGCUGUUCUCUGUCAUCUCAGCCCUUACGGGAGCUUUUCGAUUCAUCCUGGAACGUGCAUCUUUUCAGGGAAUUUGUACAAUAAAUCCAUAACAAAUACCGAAUAUUGAUUGUCUUAUGUGUCCAUAUUAUAUCCAUUAUAUUGACCGGGUAUUCCCAAGACGCUCACGCUCUGCAGCAAGCCAGUCACAGUUGAUUGGCGCGGCGCUGUACAGCGAACGUAAACAAACAACUAAGCUAAGGUUUUAAGUAUUACUUUUCCUCCAGAGAUCCCGCUAAUGUUGUGUUAUAAAGUAAAGGGAAACAAGAUAUCUAUUCUUCCUCCACCUCUCUCGCUUCUCUGCUUGGUGACGCUGACGCUUAUAGUUUGCCUCCCUCGCUCUGGUAAAGUCACCUACGUGGAAAAAAAAAAUAACGAAGCUCCGAAUACUGAUUUAAGCUUCAAAUACUAAUUUUCCGAACCAGUAUUCGAAUAUUCGAAUAAUUUCAACACCUGACAAUACACUGUAGAGCAUAUUGUAAUGCAGCGUUGAAUGGAUGAAUAGCUUACAUAAGGGUACCCAGCACUUUUCAGACCACACUCAAGCUUAUGGUUAUUGUCCCCACCACUUCUAAAAACAAACUGACGCCCUUGGGAAUAGCCAGCCUAUCCUUGGGAGCACGCCAGCUGGAAAUCUGCACCUUUCUGCCGCUGUGUACCUGAGUGGUGCAUCUUUCCUAAAAAUUGAAAAGGUAAAUGAUGAGGAACUGUAAAUGUGUGACUGUGAAUUGCUUCAAUAUAGAUCUAAUUACAUGUAUUAUUUAUCCCCCCACACCAAAAGGUCUUCAAGGAAAUGAAGCUAGUUGUUUCGGUAUGAAACAUUUCGCCACCAUGCCAAAAGUUUCAUUGAACCAGCAGUUAUUCACCAGUGGAAAGUCCUAAAUGAUUUGAAUCUGCAGUGGCUAAGUCAGGAGGAAAUAGUGAUACUUGGUGGUGACAUGAGAGCUGACUCUCCAGGUCACUCUGCAAAGUAUGGGAGUUACACAAUGAUGGAUCUCCAUACUAACACCAUUGUGGACAUUCAGUUGGUCCAGAGCAACGAAGUUGGUGGUAGCACCCAUAUGGAGAAGGAGGGACUGAAGAGGAGUCUAGCCUUACUGGAGUCGCGUGGCGUCAACCUUGACUGCAUUGUCACUGAUCGUCAUCCUCAAGUACAGAAGUUCCUCAGGGAGAGAAACAUGACCCAUUACUACAAUGUCUGGCACUUUGCAAAAGGUAUUUCAAAGAAGCUGUUGGCAAUCAGUAUGCAGAAAGACGGUGAGAAACUCAAGAAGUGGAUGAAGAGCAUCAACAACCACAUAUACUGGACUGCAGCAGGCUCAACCUCCGGGCCAGGGAGAAUCGCAAAGUGGACCUCGAUCCUGAACCAUGUUCGAGAUGUCCAUGUACAUGAAGAUCCUCUUUACCCCAAGUGCGAGCAUGCGAUCCGCCAGACAAGUGACCGGAGUAAAUGGCUUCAAGCAGCAACUCCAACUUUCUCCAAGUUGGAGAAGUUGCUGACCAAUAAAAGGGCGCUGAAGGAUGUUGCAAAACUGAGCCCCCACCACCGAACUUCAUCUUUGGAGGCUUUCCAUGCGGUUAUUCUUCGCUUUGCCCCCAAAAAUGUUGUCUUUCCCUUUAUUGGAAUGCUGUGCAGACUCUACCUGGCUGCUAUGCAUUCAAAUCACAAUGUGGACCGACCACAGGCCGAAACAAAGGAAGGAGUACCAAUUUAUAAAAUCUCCUUUGCAAAGGCUAGGAAGGGAGAGUGCAGAGCUAAACCACAAAAAACACAGCAGACCUUUGGGUUCAAAUCAAUUCAAACGACACAUAUUUUGGAUUUCUAAAAUGUUUUUCGAUACAGGUUACGUUGAUGACAUCAUAGAUGUCAUUUUUGAGGAAGUCUUUCCCAACCCUACGCCACACAGAGGCCCUGUUGGAGAUCCCUGUUCCAGAGCCCCUAACGGCACAGUAUGAGAAGCCUGACAAGGAGGCGGUCCUCAGCAGCCUUGUGUCAAGGUUCAAACGGGGGGACGUUUAAAACCGACAUAGUGGCCUUCCUCAGCAGGAAACUCGGAGGGGGACCACACAAGCUGGAAUCACAACCCGGAUACUGCGUCCCAGGAGGCCCCAGCACCAGCUUACAAAGGAACGAUAGGAGAGAUACCUGUAGCGACUGAACAAUUGAUUCAGAGAUUAAGUCUUGCAGAUUUAUCAUUGCUUUGUGUUAUGAAAAUAAAUAUUACUAUGCUCCUAUGGCUGGUUUGUUCUGUUACUAUUUUAAGUUGUUUUUUUUAGCUCGGAUAUAAAUACAUCUUCACAAAAUUAGGCACAAGAUUGAG